AUGAUAGAACUGACGCUUAUCAUAAUAUAUUUGCUUUAAUAAUUGAGCUGCUAAAUGAUCUUACUAAAUGAGACCAAUUUAUCUUAAAAAGACAUUUACUAGUUUGAUAAUUUUAUACCAUAAGGAUUUUAUUUAAAAAUAGGAGAAGUAAUUCUUUUCAGUUUAUCAUCCUUGGAUAAUAGUGAAAAUUAACCCAUUAUGGAGUUAUGUACCGAUUAAUAUAAAGCCAAGUUAAUUUAUUUUUUAUUUUAGCUGUGUCUAAAAUGUUAGGAUUGUUAAUUAAGCAAACAUCUCGAAUUCAUAUAAAACAUAAUAUAAUGCUAUUCCUUUUAGCUCUAAUGUUUAUUUAGAUAUAAGAUCCAAUAAUUCUUUUAAUCUUAUGGCUCAAAUUACUAAAUAUUAAAAUUGCCCUUAGUAUAAAUUUGUAAUAAGCCAAGCGAUUGUAAAAAUGGAGGAAUUUGUAGCCAAGGCAUAUGUAUUUGCCCUCAAAAUUACUUUUCUCAUGAUUGUUCUAUUAUGGGCAAAUCAAUACUAGAAACUUCAACACUGAUAAGCUCUCAAUUUUAUUUUUUUGAUAUAUAUGAAUGGAUGGAAAAAGAGGAAAAGUUUACUCAAUAUUACUUCGCCAGAUUAGAGGAGCAAGCUGUAAUUAUUGUAGAUUGCUAUGCUAACAACCCAUAUUUGUUACAGAAUACUACAGAGAGACAAUUAUCAAUAAUUAACAUAACAGUGGAUGAAAUGUAUAAUUGUUUAAAUUAUGUGAAUGAAUUAGAAUAAAAUUCUUAAUAAUAAUUUGCCAAAAUAAUAAUCAAACUGAAACAACCCUUUAUUGUUUAAUUUAAAGGUUCUGAAAGUCCAGUGGAUCCCUUUGUUAUAGGAAUAGUAAUAGGGAGUAUUUCUCUUUUUAUAAUGAUUGUCGUUAUAUACUGUAUUUACAGAUGUAAGAGAGAUGAUAUAUUAUAAAAAAAGAAAAAAGAAGAACAGGAAAGAUUGGAGAAGGAAAAGAAAUUAAUGGAAGAAAAAGAAAAUCAAAUGAUGCCUGAAUUCUCUUAUGCUGAAAUCCUCUAAAAAUUUCCUGGCUUAAAAAAUGAACAAGAGUGUGAAAUUUGUUUAAAUGUAUUCAAAGUCUAAGAAAGAGUGAAGGUUACUUAUUGCACUCAUAUAUUUCAUGCUGAUUGUUUAAAGUAAUGGUUAAAUAAGCAUUAAACUUGUCCUAUGUGCAGAGAAAACCUAAAUGUUAGUUUAUUAGUAUAAAGUCAUCUCUUGUCCUCUAGUGAUCAUUAAGGUCAGCAUAUCUCUGAGAAUCAGUAGGCUCAAUUCUUUUUAUUAACUCCAAAAUCUUAACACAAUACAAGAUUGUACGGAGACGAACAUUAAAUUGUAGUUUAACAAUUUUCAGAAUAAGUUAAUAUCCCUCAAAAUAAUAAUGAGGAGGAGGACUAAAACAAACAAAAUUAAUUGACAAAAUGA